AUGAGUUUGGGAAUUGCUUCAUCAGUGGCAGGGCCAACUGUGGCAGAAAGAGCUUUGUACUUGUGGAACAAUGAUCAUAUCGAGAACUUAAUUAGGCAGAACCGCAAAGUUAUACUCCCCAUUAUCUUCCCUGCCCUGGAGAAAAAUGGACGUAACCACUGGAAUCAGGUGGUGCAGAGCUUAACAGUUAAUGUUCGCAAGAUCUUUGCUGAUAUUGAUUCUGAGCUGUUUGAGGAGUGCUUACGCCAGUUUCAAGAGAAUGAAGCCAAGGCAGAGGAAAUCAAAACAAAACAAGAAGCCACCUGGAAGCGCUUAGAAGAGAUUGCAGCAACAAAAGCUGCAAGUAGCGAAGCAGUCCUUGUUCCCCGUGCUAUACCCAACUUAACAUCUUCCAGCUAG